AUGCAAAAUAAUUUGUUAGAUUAUAAAUAAGAUGAGCAAUCGAUUAAAAAGGUGAUUGAAAAGGAAAUCAAUGGUAAAUCCAAGCGAUUAUUUGAUCCCAAUACCUAUUACUCUCAAUUUCAAAAUUUGACUUCGGAAAGUUUAUAGUAAUGCGAGAAAUCAUAAGCGUAGAAAGGAGCGAAAGAAAUGAUUGAAUUUAAGGCAUAAGUUACAAGUCAAGAUAAGGUGAUUGAAGCAAUCAGAGCAGCUAACUUUGUAGAAAUUCAGAAUGUGAACUUUAAGUUCAAAAGGCUACUGAAGGAGAUCUUGUAAUAAAUAGCGGACCAAUUGGGAAACCUCUUCAAGGAUGAGUAUUUGAAGUUAUGGUUGGAAUGGAAAAGUGCUAAAGCAGCAUUAAUGGACAAGGAAGUCAAAUUGAAAAAUUCAGAAAUGAGUCAAUAGUUACAGGAAUAGGAAUUGAUCUAAAUAAGAACAGAAUUUACAGCCUAAAACACCUUUCUUAGUAUGAAUAAACAGCUAGAGGCAACUGUUUAGAAUUUAGAGACUGAAAAUAAUAAGUUGAAGGAUAGCCUAAAAAAUCUUAAUCAAUAUUGCAAUGAAUUAAAGCAGAACAAUGAGGAACUAAAUAAAAGAAUGAAGAAACUAGAGUAACAAUUUGAGGAGGCAAAAGAAAAAUAUGAAAAUGAAAUCAAUCAGUUAAAACUAAAAGAGUAGAAUUUAAUAAGGGCAAAUAAGGAUCUUAUUGAUUUAAACAAUUAAUUAACCCAACAAUUAGAUAAAUAUAGAGAUUUGUAUGAAAUGCAAAACCAGAAAAAUAAUGAUUUGGCUGAUCAAGUCAGGUAUUGGAAAUCAACUCAUUAAUAGAGAUUAACGGAUUUAUAGUAGUCAGAAACAAGAAUAGGAUCAUAGAAAGGGUAUCUAUUUAAAUACAGGAGAGAAGUGCAGGACUUAAAAAGGUUUAAGUUAUAUAGUGAAGAGGCUUAGAAAGAAUUAUCGAAUGCUAGAUAGACAGUUCAUUUAUUAAAUUAAUAAACUGAAUAAUUAAAAUUCAGUUAUGAAAAUGCAAUUCAACAAAAUCUAUAAAUUUAGACUGAAAAAACAGAGAACUUGAAUCAAAUAUUAUUACGCAAUGCUCAAUCAACCAAAAAGGUAAAUAAUGAAACCAAUGUGUUUUAUGAAUCCCCUUAAAAAAGCAAAUUUGAUUUUCAUAGUGUCAAAAAGAUUACUUAACCCUCAGUUGAUGAAUUAAGCUAAUUUGUUAUAAGUUAUUCAAAGGUGCCAAUCCAAUCAAGGAGAACUAAAGUGAGAAGUGUUAGUGCGUAAAAGAAUUCCUAGUCAGAAACUGAUACCUCUAAAAACAAUAUUGGAAUCUAAGAAUUUGAUUAGUUUACACCAUAUACUGAGAGUAAUGUGAAUCAAUUAAACUUUAAUUCUGCUCCCAAACAUCCUUUAAGUAAAAACAAAAGGAUUAAAAGACAAAAUACUGAAAGCUGA